ACAUGUUUACUUAGACCUAAAAGAGAAGAGUUUCCAUCUCUUGUGAUCCCUGUCUCCUCCCUCUCCACCACCAUUCCCCAGAGUCCCUCUCCAAACUCUCCUCAAGUGUAAGAAAGCUCUCGAGGAGUGCAAGACACAGGUACAGGUCAGGGACCAGCUCGGCUCCUCCUCUUCCAAGUUGACAACCUCAAAUCUUCCCUCCGUCCCCUCAUCCUCAGCAAACUCCGCCCUAUAAUUAACUCCUCUCCCACUUAACCCAUUUCAGUUGCUCAGAGCUGUGGCUCUGUAGCUGUGUGUCACUCAUUCUCUGUUACGACAAUACUGCCGGUUCCUUGCUAUUCAAUUUUCAGUGAUUUAUAAUUAUAUCAGACUAAUAUUCAUUUAUUAUGCCAUUAUACAGAUGCAUAAUAUAUAUAUAAUUUUUGAUCAUUUUGCCUCAAUUUUACCCACCACACCGAGUGAACGCACACACGCGGCCCGGCAUUCGGCGCAUGCGCAGUUUGUUCGCGUUACUGUUUUGUUGACGUCAAAAAUUAAGGUCGGAGUGCAGCUGUGAGCAAGCUGCGCUCGCGGCUUUGUUCGCUGUGUUAGUGGUUACAAACUGGUGAUGGAGGGAGGUGGAGGGUACGACGAGAUGUACCAGGAGCGGCAGGAGGACGAGGUGGAGUUCCUGCAGGAGGUGUUCCCCGAGGGCUUUCAGGACAUGAGAAAGACCGACCCUUGGGACGUGAAGAGGCCUCCAGAGAUAGGUCUACUGUUGGUGCCCCAGGUCAGCAUGGGAGCUUCUUCCUCCAUUAGACCAGUGGCCAUCAGACUCCUCGUCAAAUACCCUACCGACUACCCUGACAGUCCACCUCACCUGAAGCUGGACAACCCUCAGGGACUCACUGAGGAGGAGGUGAAGGAACUGACGAAAGAGAUCCGCAGUCUGGCCAGAGAGAGAGUCGGGGAGGUCAUGAUGCUGGAGAUUGCCCAACUCAUUCAGGCAUAUCUGCACAGCCACAAUCGUCCCCACCUCUCACUCCACGAGGAGAUGGUGAGGAGAGAGAGGGAGAGGGAGAGGGAGGAGAGGAGAAGACAGCAGGAAGAGAUUGAAGCCAGCAGACUCAAGGAGAAAGAGAGGCAAGAGCAGGAAGAAGAAGAGCUGAGAAAGAGAAUGUCUCACCAUUCGCUAGGUGGCAGUGACGAGUCUGACUCGGGAGACAACCUGCCUCCCCUUCUCUCCACCUCCGCCCCCUCCUCACACCCUCCCAUCCUCCCCACACUCAACUUAUCCACUGUUGCUCCAGUGUCCCGUUUGAUGAUGGGCGACCCGUCUGGUAAUCUGUCCGGCCAGUUGCCCGAUGGGGUGGAAGGAGGAAGGAGAGCGAGGUUGAAGAAACAGAUUCACAUGCAGAGAGGAAAGUGUCUUGGUGAAAGUUCAACUGGUGGUUAUACUGUGUAUGUUGGAUUGGACCUAGAGUCAGGUGACCUACUAGCUCAGCUAUGAGUGGGAGCUGCCGUGCAGUAAGAAAGCAGACCAACGAAGACUGAGACAGGUGUCUAGUAUGGAGACGGAGCUGGAUGGAUAUAUUGGCCGUGGUCUGCGUCACGGCAACCUAGUUCAGUACCUCUCAAUGCACCAUAACCUUAGUGAUAACAAGAUCAUUGUUGAGGUAGUGAUGGAGUAUGUUGGAGGAGGGAGUGUUAGCAACCUAUUGAGGAACCCGGACGCUGGUCCUGUCACUGGGGAAACCCUCAGGCGGUACUGUCGUAUGUUACUGGAGGCGGUGAGCUACCUCCACUCACAGGGAGUGGUCCACAACGACAUCCGACCGUCUCUCGUCUUCCUCGACGCCGGGGGAACCCUCAAACUCGGUGGAUUCGCUGUCAUCAAGAGAAUGAGUGACUUGUACCGUCACAUGAGACAGCAGUCCAGACUGGGAUCCCUGGCCACACCCACCACCGACGAAGACCCGACUAGAGGGGCGUGGCCUACUGUAGCAAGAGGAAAGAAAGGAGACAUCCUCAAACUGGGGCUGCUAGUUCUCUGUCUGUGUCGUGGAAAACUCGACGUCUCCCCGAGCAACAUCCCCGAAGACAUCCCGGACACUCUCAGAGAUUUCCUGCACAAGUGUCUCCACCCCAACGAGCUGCUUCGUCUCCCGGCCCACGAGCUCCUCUGUCAUCCCUUCAUCACCCCCUCCCCCUCCCCCCUCCACCCCAGACCUCUUCUUCCCUCCCACACCUCCCUCACCGUCCCCACCAACAAGAUUGACCCGAUGUCGCGGCGGCGGAGCUCCAUGCAGUUCCACAGGAGUGACUCGUUGGUGGGUUCUCCGGCCAAACCCUCCCUCCGCGGCUGCUCUCGGCUGGAGGCGGAGUUUGAAGAGAUGGAGAGUGUCGGAAGUGGCGGCUUCGGUGAUGUCGUGAAGGUUCGACACCUGCUGGACGGGAGGGUGUACGCCAUAAAGAAGAUCCACUUGUCAGACGACCCCAGAAUGAAGGACCGGAUCACCCGAGAGGUGGAGCUUCUCUCUCAGAUGAACCACGAGAACGUCGUCAGGUACUACAAUGCCUGGAUGGAGACGUACAGAGCAGAUGACUUUGGAUUACCCAGUGGCAGUCUGCUGGAGGAGGCAGAUGGAGAGGAAGUGGAAGAAGAAGAGAGCGAGCUCUCCAUUUCAAAGAAUGAAGGGUCCUACUCGGACGGUCAGGAGUCUAGCAGUGAGGCAAGUGGCUACCUCUCCUCCUCAUCAUCAUCAUCAUCUGCAGAGGGUGAUGACAGUCCUUUCAUCACGUUUGAAGCCUCUUCCUCAGGAAAUACUAACGAGGUGGGAGGAGACAGAGCCACGACCCAAGCCACGCCCACCACAUUGGAAGAAAACGGAGGAGUGUUUGUGGGGGAAUUCUCUGACGACGGCGAUGACAUCAUCGGAGAUCUGGAGAAUGAGGUCAUGAAAUCUGCCACCAUCUUCCCGAGAACCAGGCAUCCAACAGCAGAUUCCUCAGACACAGUGGUGUUUGUGGACAGCAGUGUGGCGUCCGGCUCUCGUCCAGUUCCCAUGCCUCACUCCUCCUCCAACCACCGAGGAGGAGGAGGUGCUGGUGGUGAGGAGAAGAGAAGACGGAGCAGGUGUCAGACUGGACUUAUUGAAUACCUCUACAUUCAGAUGGAGUACUGUGAGAACCAGACUCUGCGACAGCUGAUAGACUCCGGGGACCUGGUCUCCAGUCCAGACCACGUCUGGAGACUCUUCCGAGAGGUGGUGGAGGGUCUGGAACACAUCCACUCCAAGGGUAUGAUCCACAGGGACCUAAAACCGGGCAACAUCUUCCUGGACUCAUACGGACACAUCAAGAUUGGAGAUUUUGGACUAGCCACCUCCUACAAACAGAUGGGGAAGCAGGGCAGUAUGUUGGUGGGGGGCCAGCACAGUUCAAUGGAGCAGCAGGCUGCAGCAGGAGACAUGGCCACUGGAGUGGUGGGGACUACUCUCUACCUCGCUCCCGAGCUAUGCCAGUCCACUGUUCUCAAAUACACUCAGAAAGUGGACUUGUACAGUCUGGGGAUCAUUCUGUUUGAGAUGUGUCAUCCUCCGUGCAGCACGUCGAUGGAGAGACACAAACUGCUGGCCGGUGUUCGGAGGAAGGAAAUCCUAUUUCCCCCCGGGUUCACCACUGAGGCUGGCAGGGAGAAACAGGUGGAGGUGAUCCGGUGGCUGUUGACGCACGACCAUCACUCCAGACCCUCGGCCAAGGAUCUGCUCCAGUCCCACUUCCUGCCACUCAAGAUGGAGGACGAACAGUUGGAGGAAGUCCUCUCAAGAACCAUGCAGUCCACCAACUCCACUCGCUACCAACAUCUGAUUGACAAGCUGUUCUCGCCAGAUGCUCCUCAACUGAGGCCGUGGUCCUUCUAUCAGGAGCCUGCGGACAACAAGAGAGACAGACCCAAGAGAAACAAGUUCUCUCUGGUGUAUUCUCUGCUGCAACAAAUGGUAGUCUCCAAACUUGCAGCCAUCUUUACCAGACAUGGAGCAUCUCGUGUGGAGCCUCCACUGCUCUGUCCCCGUUCCAGCCACCUCUACUCCAGUCCCCAGUCCAUACCACAGUUCAUAGAACGGAACGGAGCCGUGGUGACCCUCCCCAGUGACCAUCGUCUCCCACUGGCCCACUAUCUGCUGCACCAGCAAGACCUCACCUACUUAAAAAGGUAUACCAUUGGUCCAGUGUACCAUGAGAGCAAGGUGCUGGGGGCACACCCACGUGAGCAGUUUGAGGCUCAGUUUGACAUUGUCACUCCGUCUCCUCCACACUCUGACAACAUCAAACUGGUGCCAGAUGCAGAGGUGAUGUACGUGGUGUCGGAGAUCCUGUCGGAAGUUCCACGACCCCAGCACUGGCAGUUUGCUGUUCUGGUGAACCACAUGAAGCUGCUGGAGGCCAUUCUACAGCACUGCUCCAUUCCCAGAGAGAGAUACAGUGACACUGCAGCCCUCCUCCACAGGACUGCUAUGGGUGCUCUGAAGGUGAGUGAGCUGGAGAAGAAGCUAGUUGACAGUGGCCUCAAUCUCUCCCCUCUUGCUGUGAGUUCACACUUCUGUGGUGUGCCUCCCUAAUCCAGGCUCCCGUGAUUUAUAUCUACAUACGUACUACUGUACAUGACAGGCCCAAAAAUAUCUAUUUGCAUGUAUAUACAUAGAACACACAUCACCAAAAGUGUAUUUUGACUGUCGCACUUCUUGCAAGCAAAAGCUGCAGACCUCUUUUCACACCAUAAUUUUCUUACCUAACAAGAACUGUGUUAAGCCUGCCUGUGUGUGGCACAGAUAAUGCAGUAGGUGGAAAGGGGUGGUGUAAGGGCAUAGUCUGUUCAUAUCACCCCAUGCACUCCUACUGGUCCCUUGCUGUGAA